ACAACAUUUUGAAGAUUAAUAAAACCAAGAACUUGCAGUGGUGAAGGAGAAAGUGUGGAGUUAGGGUUUAAUCGAAAUGGGGAUCCGAUUCGUAUUGAUGGUAAACAAACAAGGGCAGACACGUCUUGCCCAAUACUACGAGUACCUCACUAUUGAAGAAAGGCGAGCCCUUGAAGGUGAAAUCGUUCGCAAAUGCCUCGCUCGUAAUGAACAGCAGUGUUCAUUUGUUGAGCAUCGCAACUACAAAAUUGUAUAUAGGCGCUAUGCAUCUUUGUUUUUCCUGGUUGGAGUUGAUAAUGAUGAGAAUGAGCUGGCUAUUUUGGAAUUUAUACAUCUCCUAGUGGAAACCAUGGAUCGUCAUUUUGGCAAUGUGUGUGAGCUAGAUAUCAUGUUCCAUCUAGAAAAGGCACAUUUUAUGUUGGAGGAAAUGGUCAUGAAUGGUUGUAUUGUGGAGACAAGCAAAUCCAAUAUUCUGACUCCAAUUCAGCUGAUGGAUAAAGCUUAGAAAAAAAAAAGUAUGCCCAGUGUGAUUUACAUGUCAUUAUUGACUCUCAUUGUUAUUACUUAGUGUGUACAAUAAAGUAAAGUUAAUUAAUCUCCAAUUUUCCUUAUGAUUGAAAA